GAUUGCCACAGCGGUGCAUUUUCUACGGAGUGCAAUGUGAAGUUUGCACAUGACAGCAGCCGGACCCUGCGGUUGGAUGGUUUUACUCGAGUAUAAAAGACGCUAUAAAGAGCCUCUAACAUCAGCUACUGCGGCAGCAGAUGCACUGGGGAGCAGCAAUGGUCAAGUCAGCGAGAACUGCAGUGGAGCCGCACUGAGGCAGAGUAGCCAGCCCCUCUCAUCAGGGGACUCUCCAACUAUCUAAGUGCUAUGGGAAGCUGAGGAGUGGAAAAUCCACUUGCUCACUGAAAGACCUACCAGCUUCCCUGCUCAGCAACUCUUCUCCCCAAAAUGACCGUGAUAGCAGGAGACAACAUGGAUGAGACCUCGGCUGUCCCCGGUCACCCUCAGGACACUUAUCCCCCAGACCACAAUGACCAUGAAUGCUGCGAAAGGGUGGUCAUCAACAUAGCUGGUCUCCGCUUUGAAACCCAGUUGAAAACUCUUUCUCAAUUCCCAGAAACAUUACUUGGAAACCCCAAAAAGCGGAUGCGAUAUUUUGAUCCACUAAGAAAUGAGUACUUCUUUGACAGGAACCGCCCAAGUUUUGACGCCAUCCUCUAUUACUAUCAGUCUGGAGGUCGCCUUAGAAGACCAGUGAAUGUCCCAUUAGACAUGUUCUCAGAAGAAAUCAAAUUUUAUGAACUGGGUGUAGAAGCGAUGGAGAAAUUUCGUGAAGAUGAAGGUUUUAUCAAAGAGGAAGAGCGGCCUUUACCAGAGAAGGAGUUUCAGCGUCAGGUUUGGCUCUUGUUUGAACAUCCUGAAAGCUCAAGCACCGCCAGAGGGAUUGCCAUUGUAUCAGUCAUGGUCAUUCUCAUUUCAAUUGUUAUUUUUUGUUUAGAAACAUUACCACAGCUCAAAGAGGAUCCAAUGGGACGCAUGGAGACUGUGGGGAACACUACAGUUUAUUACAAGCCAAAUAUUCUCACAGACCCCUUCUUUGUCAUUGAGACACUCUGUAUUAUCUGGUUCUCCUUUGAGUUGAUAGUGCGCUUCCUGGCAUGUCCAAGCAAGCCUGCCUUCUUCAAGAACAUGAUGAAUACGAUUGACAUAGUGGCCAUCAUUCCCUACUUUAUUACACUGGGCACUGAGUUGGCUGAAGACCCAGAAAAGGAGAGUGUGGGGGAGCAGGCCACAUCUCUGGCCAUUCUCCGAGUCAUUCGUCUGGUCAGAGUGUUUAGGAUCUUUAAGCUGUCCCGACACUCGAAAGGUCUGCAGAUUUUGGGCCAGACUCUCAAGGCCAGUAUGAGAGAGCUGGGGUUGUUGAUCUUUUUUCUUUUCAUUGGAGUCAUCUUAUUCUCCAGUGCUGUGUAUUUUGCUGAGGCAGAGGAGGAAGGGUCCAUGUUUGGCAGUAUACCAGAUGCCUUUUGGUGGGCUGUUGUGUCUAUGACAACUGUGGGCUAUGGGGACAUGGUCCCUGUUACCAUAGGAGGCAAGAUUGUAGGUUCUUUGUGCGCCAUUGCUGGAGUGUUAACAAUUGCACUACCAGUCCCUGUCAUUGUGUCUAACUUCAACUACUUCUACCACAGAGAAACAGAGGGAGAAGAGCAGGCCCAGCUACUUAAAGUUAGCAACCCCAAUAUCCCUUCUGAAUCUAACUCAAGUCGCCGCAGUUCAUCCACUGUCAGCAAAUCAGAAUACAUGGAGAUUGAUGGAGACAUUAAUAAUAGCAUUGACAACUUUAGGGAGGCAAAUCUAAGAACUGGUAAUUGCACUAUAGCCAACCAAAACUGUGUGAAUAAAAGCAAGCUGCUUACAGACGUUUAGAAAAAGCAUUAAAAAAAAUAUGAGAGCCAAUUAUUAACCUGCCCUGCACUCUGUGGCUCUAGGCCUACACUAUGCUAAACUAUGUAGAAUGGAAGCAGAAAAUCAGCAGUUGUUUAGAUUACAGGUAGAUAGAAUAAUUAAUUCUAGAGAUUCUCCAUUUAUAAAUAAUAAGAAAGCAUAUCCAUCAACAGCGCCAUAGAGGACUCAGAAACAACUUGUACUCUUCUAUCAAACAAGAGAUGAAAUCUUAUGCAUGGAAUCCAUUUCUACAACAUUGUAGCAGAUAAAUCUGCAGAGACACAGAACCAUCUGCAGCCAUCAUGUAUGCACAGGACAUUGCGAUGACGCCUCAUCUUUCCUCACCUUUCCUCACUUUUCCCGACCUUCCAAGAUCAACUACACAGCAAGCACCUUAUAGGAGGAAGACUGGUCUCUCUGUGGAUGUAAUAGACUGAGUUCUACUUGCUUUUUUGGGACAUCUGCAAUGCUGCUGUUUUCAAGCAGAUACCACAAUUAUGAUAUCACCAAGUGAUUCAACGCCAUGCCCUUUUGAUGCAUCACAGCACAAUGAUAAAAGUGAGCUUCCCACAAGCAUGACCAGACUUUCCAUUUUGAUAUUGCCAUGCAUGAAACAUAUUUCACACAAUGGAAAGGAUAUUCCUUUGGAUACCUGCGUCCACUUCUCAUCUCUUUUCAUACAGUAUUGAGUGCACUGGAGUUUUUAUUGAAGUCUGGCUUUACAUGUAAAAUUGAAUGAUAAAUCUUAAGGAAUCAGUACAUAGAUGAGAUCAUAGCAUGACAAAAUAAUCUGCAUUAUGGUCUAUCCACUAAGGUACUUUUGUAUCCUGGUAUAUUUAAUGCAUGACAUGAGUAUACAGCUUGUUGCAGUUCAGGCACUUCAAUGACCCUUUGUCAGGGAAAGGAAACUAAACUACCAUUUCUGAAUUGUGAUUAAUAUAUUUCAACAAAUUCUGAGGAUGCAGAUUGUAGUUUAAAGUAGUCAAGAUACAAUGUAUUAAAUGCAUAUAAUCACAAUAGGCACCAAAUACCAAUAUUAUGUCAAUAGUGCAGUGCAUGAACAUUCUUUAAACAGAAACAUUACAUACAUUUAGUCAUGAAUUAUUGUUGUUUUUUAUUUUGAAUUCUGUGGAGGAGGGUAUUUUCUGAACUUCACAACAGAUUUUUACAUAAGUUGCUAGUGCCUUUAUCCCUUUCACUAACAGGCCCAGUGUAAGUGCCUAUUGUGUAUAUUGGUAGACACUGGUUGAAAAAAGUAAUUUACUGUCUGUUUUAGCGGAUUAAAUAGAUGUUCUAGAGACAGCUGAGAAAGUUUGACAGCAGGUGACUGUGGUCGGACAAGCAUUGAUCCAUGACUAUCAUGCACUUAAUUAAUCCAUGAGGGAGAAGCGUCUUGUACUUGCAUGUUUAUAAAUUAGCAACACAAACAAAUUCUAUUUUAUUUUAUCAAAGCUUUUUACUUUGUUGCUGACAUUGGUGUGUUACUUCAGGGUUUCUACCUCAGUGAGGUUAUUGCAGUCUUGCUGCAGAGAUGCAAGGUUUAGUGCAUGCGCCUUCCUCUCCCAUAAUGCAAAAUUGAACCAAAAGCGUAAACCGCAGUUGUGCAGCAUUGAAUGUGAUCUUCCCAAAACUCAUUUUUUACUCAUAAGGUCUCAUAGCCAUUACCAGUCUCAUUGCUACUUUCACAAAAAGCUUCGCACAAUCAGAGUGUUAAUUAGCAGUGCAGCACAGUUCCCUUUUAGUUAGUUUGUUUUAACACAACCUCUUUGUCUAAUAUGUCAGAGAGCUGUCCUAUGGGCAUUAUUGUG